AUGUCGGGAGCCGAGGCCCUAGCCGGGAUCGGCAUUCUUUGUAACGUUAUGCAGAUAGUAACGUUUGGCAAAGAUGCCCUUCAUGUUUAUCGUUAUAUCCGUGAGAACGGAAACCCUGAUGCGAAGUUGGAGGUAUACCUUGCCGAUGCAUCAACGAGCUAUCAAGAGAUGAGGAGGCAGCUUUCUGGAACUACUUAUCCAACAAGCGACCAAAAAGAGAUCAUAAAGGUGGGGGAGGAGGCUUACAAGGGCCUUCAAAAAUUCCGAACCUACUUCGAGGAACUGUCUGUGGACAGAGAAUCCAGAAAGGGCUUCCGCGGGAAAUUCCGAAUUGCUAAAAGUGGCAUUAAGACUUUGUUCCGUGGUAAGGAACUAGAAGAUCUUGAGAAGCACUUCCAAAGAUACGAACAACUACUUCAAACCCGACUUAUACAACGGGUAUGCAGUCAAAACGAUGCCAUGGCGCUUCUUGCACAGGAUUCAUUCGAGAUGCUUAACGAUACCCAGCAAUGUAUGAUACAGAAAAUAGCACAGGGUUAUACAGAUUUAUCCCUACUAUUAUCGCAGACAGCCAUUGAGACAAAGGAUUACAUCAACAAUCAACACAAAGAGACCCGUACGAGUCUCGGGAAUCAUCUCGCUGUCACGGAGCACAAGCUUCAAUCGCGAAUCUCUGAAUCUACCUUUGUGAUCCAAGAGGAUCUCGCAUAUCGAAACAAAACUGAAGAUGCAUUGGCGCGGCGAGAUCAACUCUUAGCUAGCCUCAGGUAUCCUGAAAUGAACGGUCGGAAGAACCAUGUUGUCACGAGUUUCCCUGAGACUUUUCAAUGGAUCUUUUCCAGUGAAGGACCUUGGGAGGACGAAAGUUCUUCUGAUGACGGUACCCUGCCUUCGGAUGAUGAGACGUCUUCUGAUGAAGAGGGUGAUAUUUCGGAUGGAGCGAGCUCUGGUAAGCGGAGUGGCCAUCAAGAGAUUACCCAGGACUCCGAUGCCGAAAGCGUCGAGGAUGAUACUGCUUCCAUCGCAAGUUGUGUGCCAGAGCCAACGGUCUUCGCCCGCUGGUUAGGCUCCGAGUCAAAGAUGUUCUGGAUCAGUGGAAAGCCCGCAUCUGGGAAAAGUACACUCAUGAAAUUUAUCGCCACAAGUCCUUCUACAAAAGAACAUAUAGCUGCUUGGCGGCCCAAUGCGAGAAUUUUAUGUCACUACUUCUGGAAAGCUGGGAGUGUUAUGGAAAGAAGUCUGAAAGGAUUCCUUCUGUCUAUAACUCACCAGGUCCUUUUAGACGAUAUCGAGAUCUCACAGCGGAUGUGGGAAGAAAUUCCCGAAGUCCGGCAUAAGUGGUCGCAUGCUGACUGGGAUCUACAACAACUGGAAACGGCCUUGCUUUGGGCACUCAAAACUGCAGCGGAUCCAUUUCUCCUCAUUAUUGAUGGUCUGGAUGAGUCCGAAGAUCUCGAAAAACACCUUUCUACACUUCCUCGGCGCCCAAAUAUACUCGAUCUUUUGAGCAAACUAGAGAAUAUCAAGAUAUGUGCAUCAAGUCGGGAGGAGUACACGUUCAUUACUUACUUUGACGGUGUCGAGAGACUACAACUUCAUGAGCUUACCAAGUACGAUAUUCGACGAUUUGCUGAUACCCGGCUUGAAGGGCUGAGUUUCGUCAAACCCGAAGAUCGACAGGAACUCCUCGAUUUAAUUGUCUUGAGGUCAUCCGGUGUGUUCCUGUGGGUAACUCUUGUUCUUGAUAGCAUCAGUCGAGCGAUUCGUAUCGACAACAGUAUUGAGAACCUCACCGAGAGAGUAAAUCAUAUGCCAAGAGACCUGAUUGACUUGGUGCGAGAAAUGUGGGAGCGAUCCGGUGAAGAUGGCGAGAUAAAGAGCUACCGACGCGCCGCUUCUCAGUACUUCAACUUAGCACAAGGAGAAGAGACUGAUGAAGACAAACUUUCGAAUAGCUCCAUACUCGUGAUGGCAAUUGCAUCCGAUCCGCGGGGCCUGGAGUCUAUGCUCGAUGUUAAUCGUACUUGGGACGUCGAUGAACUGGAAAGGCUUUGCUCGAAAACAGAAGAAGAGCUUCGUAUUGUCUGUCACGGGCUUCUUGAAGUGAAAGAGGAACGUCUUUCAACCUCAAAGCUUUUCCCAAAACGCGUUGAAGUCUACAGGAAUAGGAAAGUACUGUUUGCACAUCGAUGCGUCAUAGACUUUCUCCGCGACACUGAGAGUGGCUCUGCUCUUCUCGCUGCGUGUGGGUGGUGUGAAGACGAGGUGAAGGCCCGGCUGCAGGGAACAGUCAUGGUACUGGCACGUUUCUCGUUGCGACUUGACGUUUCCAAGAUGUAUUCGCUUGUUUGUUCAUACUACAAUGAAAUUGUCAACGGCAAGAGAUACAUUCUACGCGGAGCUAUCGAUAAUAGUAUAGAGGGAGUUAUGCGUCAUCUGGGUCACUUUGAUCCUAAACUACCUUACCGAGACCUUCUCUUCCACAAGUGUAUACAAUGGCACUUUGCUGGGAUCCCUUUCGACCGCACCAUGUGGGCAUGUUCUGGACGAUCUGUUUUUGUGCAGGAUCCUCUUAGGAACGAGUUUUUAGCAUCAGCCGCCAAAGCAGCCAGUACGUCUUUCAUGGAGACUCUAAUCGGAAGACUUUCUACCGUGGACUUCUUAAGCGCAAUACCGGCUAUAUUCCGUGGCCUUGCAACAGGCUUUGGCCGACACGAGUCGGAGGUUGGAGGACCUGAGGAGUAUAGUCGUUUUGUGGUGAAGAUGAUCACUUUGACAAAGCAGAUUCUUGCUCGACUCCUCGGUCUCAAGGAGGAAGAUGAAAAAGAUAUCCCAUUGAAAGCGGUUACUGGAGAAACACGAGAGGAUUUGCAACGUCUGGCAUGUUCCUGGUUCCUCGGUAUAUGGAUCGGGUUCAAUUGCGACCCACUAGAAAAGGAAGUCAAGACGUCAGUCCGGGAGAUUCUACAUCUUGUUACGUUGUCUCUCCCUACUGUACAAGAUUGGAACGAAUCUAUGCUGCUUUUCUUGGAGCGCACAAACGAUACGCUUACAAUUAGAGGUUUCAUCAGCUUUCUACGUGGAGACGUAGGCCCUGAUUGCUUUGUGGUUGUGAAUCUAGCGACCGCCUACCAGCUGAUUCUUGACUCAAACCCGCCCUGCACUAAUAACCGACAAAUCUCACAUCUCCCUGAGGAAGUCGAUCCAUCAUUACGACUAGUGAUUAGCCAGCAUCAGAAGAUAAAGAGAGACUGGCAACUCAAUAUAUGGUCGGAGUACAGUAAACAAGAUACGGAUGAGAUAUCGGAAGUGCUUUUGCGAUGUUUACUCACUGGGAGACGUAGCCUAGAAAUAACAGCAACUUUUCAGGGAAAGAAAAGACGCAAAGUAGCCCGGACUGGUGCAGAGGUAUUCCGUUAUCUUGUGGCUAGUCUCAGUGGUAUUCGGGGGCUGCCAGUACAUCCAUGGUCAGCAUGGCUCAUUGGAGAUACAUACGAUACAGAGGGAGACGGAAGUCUAGAUGGUCAUGUUAAUGAGAGAUCGUCACAGCCGCUGGUAGACUUAUUGCACGAGAUAUGGGGCUCCUGA